AUGGUGGCGCUGCCAGUGCAGCAAUUGACACCGAAUCUACUGCCGUUCAGCUACGUUGGAGUCCAUUACCUGGGGCUAUUCGACGUGAUCCUAGGACGCAGGAUGGAGAAGAGGUGGAUCGCACUGUUCUCCUGCUUGGUAACACGCGUGGUGCAUUUGGAAGUGGCGCAUGGACUGACGAUGCAGUCAUGUUUGAUGGCGGUACACCGUUUCAUUGGCCGCAAUGGGUGGCCGGUCGAUUUUUUCUCGAACAGCAGGACGAAUCUCCGAGGAGCCAGCAAGGAAGUAGUGGAGUAUGUGCAGAGCAUCAGCGAUGACUGUGCAGACCAACUGACGGACGCGAGUGGACGUUCAACCCCCUGGCCGCACCGCACAUGGGUGGCGUUUGGGAGCGGUUGCAUUGCGCUGCCGAAACGAGCAUUGAACGAAAGGAUAAUUCAUCGAUUUGCUCUUAAUUUCCCCCAUGGCUACGUCGCUUCGUGCCAAACCGCCCCCGCCCACACCACUCAACGAUCCCUGAGCGAGCACCUUCCGGCCAUAGAGGACACUACUGCGAGCUCCGCAGAAUUCUAA